AUGUUGGAUCGGAUUCUGAGACGCUUGUGUGAUGCCUCGCCGGGAGCGUUUAUGGUCGGAUACAGCGAUGGGAUUUCGGGGAUUGAUGCAGGCACCGAGGUCAUUUAUUCGGGAGAGAAUAGUGUCUUGCAUCACCGCCUGCUACGAACCCAACAACAACAGCUUGCAGGACUUGUCAGUCAUGCCGAACAUCCAGCCGCAGCGGUAGGUUCUGGCGAUUUUGUAUCAAUAAAUCGAAAGCAUGCGAACAGCCCGCCGAUGUCUUCGUCUAACAAGAGCGCCAAAGCCCUGAAGAAGAAUGAGUCCGUGGUCGCGGCCGAGGAAGCAGCAGUGGUGGCAGAUGCAGCAUCGUCGCUACUGAUGGUGAACGGUACGGAAGGGGCGUUGGGUGAGCAUAGGUUGGAUAGUAAGAAAGGACUGCACGACCGACUGAGGAUUCAUGAUGGAGGCGAAGGAGGUGUGUUGAACUAUGACUUUGGAUUGCUGGAUGAUACUGACCAGUUGAUGAAUGUGCAUCCGGCGGUCGAUAUCGAUGAAUUGCAUGAUAUGCUUUGGGCGCAUUGA